CGUACAGACCGUUCAACAUAUCUUCCAGCUUGCGUUGCAUUUAUGUUUAUCUUUACUUCGAUGUUCGUUUUAUGUCUCAGUAUAUUUAAUUUUUUGCUCUCUCAGCGAGCGACCGAGCGAUCUUCAGAAAGCUUUAUGCAUCUUUAAAGUAAAUGACUCGGCAAACUAGCGACUCUGUCGUCGGAAACUCGACGCUUUUAAGCUGAGGAGAAAAAAAAGCCCAGAGACUAAUCGCUUUUUUACAUGUCACAUUUUCUUUCUAAGUCUAUAAUUCAGCAAAUUGGCGAGCAUCUAAUUUCGAUUUCAUUCGCCAUUUCUGCGAAGUACGGGUAAUUACGAUUGAUCGAGAAUUUAUUAUCGUAUCUCCCUUUUUUCUGCCGUUUCAAUUUUUUGCUCUAUUCCAUGUUAUUAUGCCGAGGAGAUUUACACGGCUCAGAUGUGAUAGCCUCUCUCAACAGAGAAACAUGCUGGAGUUAGGCAAAGGUACGAUAGGACGCGCGAGCACCAUCAGCGAGUCGGUCGAAGUGGGUCUACGUUUUAUCGGAAUGUGGCCGCAUUGCGUAUACGCGAAUGUCAACUGGUGGACUUAUAUCGUGUCGGUGGCGAUAGUGCAAUACUUUCAAUAUUCGUACGUCUUCGCGCACUUCGACGUUAGUAAGCUCUCGGUUUUAGUAGAUGGUCUAAGCAUCACUUUGGGCUACAGCCUGUCGUUCCUCAAACUGAUCAAUCUCUGGUUCAAUCGUCGAAAGUUAUACGUCAUUCUGGAUACAAUGGACAAAGAUUGGAGCGACGGGAUCGCCAUUCAGUCGGACGUAUCCACGAUGAUUAGAUACGCCAACUUGUCUCGUCAGUGCUCCAAUGUGAUGAUCACGACAAAUGCAUUAUCCGUGUUCUUCUACGUGAUCGGCGGUCCGAUUCUUCGGUCAAUGAUUCAAAAGAAUGAUCGCGAAAGUUCAACUCGCGAGCUGCCCAUCAAGAUGGAGUUUCCUUUUAAGAUUGACCACUCUCCGAUUUUUGAGCUAGUAUUGGUAGCUCAAUUCUUUCAUGAUUUGUCGGUAGCUUGUAUCAUCGCUAUGUUGAAUGCUUUGCUCGUUACACUGGUGCUACACGUAAGUGGUCAAAUUGAUAUUAUGCGACAAAGCUUCGUGGAAAUUGCUUCUAAGAAACAUACGAGAUCUUCUCUGCCUAUUCUUAAAGAUUUAAUUAACAGACAUCAGAAGAUCAUCGAGUUAUCAGAUAAUAUUGAAGACCUUUUCUCAAACAUCGCAUUAUUGCAGUUUAUCUGGAAUACUUUGGUCAUCUGUUGCAUUGGCUUUGUGAUCGUAAUAUCAAUCGGCACGGAAGAAGGCGCUACAAUGAUAACAAAAUCUCUCAUCUUUUAUGUCGCGAUAACUCUCGAGGCAUUCGUCUUUUGCUACGCCGGAGAAUACCUCAGCGCUAAGAGUAAAUCCAUCGGCGACGCUGCGUACGAGUGCCUCUGGUACGAUCUGACACCCAGCGAGUGUCGGGUCUUGCUGUUCCUCAUGCUGAGGUCGCAAAAACGAUUAACCAUCACCGCGGGAAAGAUAACUGAUCUGUCCUUGGAAGGUUUCACGACCGUGAGUUUACUAAAGUCAUCCAGCAAUCUUCGUCGUCUAAACAAUAAGGGCUGAAACAAAAAUUAACACGCUUAAUUGCUCCAGAUUAUGAAAUCGUCCGCGUCUUACAUAUCCGUGUUGAGUGCACUGUAUUGAAGAGAAACGAUAAGUUGGGUAUAGGUAAGUCCUCUAGGAUACAACACUAAUGUAAAUUAACUUUCACGGCAAUAACAAACACUAUAUAUAUUUUUUUUUAAAGGCGUGCAAUGACUUCUAUGUAAUGCAGGGAUAGUUUUAACUAAACGUUCAAUUCCGUUGAACGGAAUGUUGAUACAUAUACCAUACAUAAGUUAGAGAUCUCUAAUUUUUGAAUAAUAUUAUUUAAAGUCUUACUGUGAAGUGAUGUUACUUAUAUAAUGUUAUUACUGAGAAUAA